CUGUCCUCCAUUUCCUCCGGUCAGAGAGAUAUCGCGAGAGCGAGCGCUCCUUCUUUCCUUUCCGCCCGGAGUCCGAGAUGGGAGUGGAUAUCAGACACAACAAAGACCGCAAGGUCCACCGGAAAGAACCGAAGAGCCAGGACAUCUACCUGAGGCUCCUGGUCAAGCUCUACAGGUUCCUUGCCCGUCGCUCCAACGCUUCCUUCAACAAGGUGGUCCUGAAGAGACUCUUCAUGAGCCGAACUAAUCGCCCCCCUCUGUCCCUGUCCCGCCUGAUUCGUAAGAUGAAGCUGGACGGCCGUGAAAACAAGACCGCUGUCGUCGUGGGGACGAUCACAGACGACGUGCGCAUCCAGGACAUCCCCAAACUGAAGGUGUGUGCUCUGAGGGUGACUGACGGAGCCCGCAACAGGAUCCUGAAGGCUGGAGGUCAGAUCAUGACCUUUGACCAGCUGGCAUUGGCAACCCCCAAGGGUCACGGCACUGUGCUGCUGUCGGGUCCGCGUAAGGGCCGUGAAGUGUACAGACACUUCGGAAAGGCACCAGGAACCCCACACAGCCACACCAAACCCUACAUCCGAUCCAAGGGCCGCAAGUUCGAGCGCGCCCGAGGACGCAGAGCGAGCUGUGCGUACAAGAACUAAUCCGUGAACUCUUGAACCCCCCACCCCAUCCCAGUCUGUGUACAAUAAUAAAAGCUGGUGUCACACAGAAA